AGUUGUUUAAGCAUAUGGUACGAUAAUUUGUUGGCCACUGUGAGAUGGUUCUGUGAAUGCAUGCGCGGAAGUGGUCGGUGGAAAGUGUGUGAAGGAAGUCAUACUUAAACUAAGCAUACCUUUAUACAUUGCUAGUUAUUUAAACGUAGUUUAAGCAUACGUUAAUAAAAGCCUACGAUCUCGUUAGAUGGAGGCAACAAGUGAAGCCAUAAAAAUAACACGUGUUCUUAUUAUUGCUGGAUGUGGAGAAGGAGAAGAUGCUGGCAUUUGACCUGGCAUAUCCCGAUGGGGAUAUAAUUUGGGGAAAGAAAAUGGUGUUAGUACAAGAGAUGAUGGUUGGUGAAGCUGUUGGCGAUUUGAAUGAUUUAUGAGACCGCAUGAGGCUAAACGAACCAGAAUAAAUCUAAUGAAUAACCGCUGCUAGGUGUGGAGAUGACUUCACACGGUUCCAUGAUUGAUAAGUGACGCUUUAACAUCUCUCUCUCUCCCACUACACAUUAUGUACGCACGUGCCUGAAUCUUUCGCUUUAAUGACGUGACACGUGACAACUACCGUGAGUAGAACAUCCACUGACGAAUUUAUGUGUGUGUGUGAUUUUGUACGUGUGUGACUCCCAACACCUGAAGCAUGAAUGACGGUGCUAAUUUAAUUCUGCUCAAAAUUGUUGAAUAUUGCUCAAAAACACUUUAAAGUGAAAUCGGUUUGUAAAAUGGCGGAAGGACUGUUGAAAAAAAAUAACAAACCACGAAAUGCUGGUGUAAUAAUGGAUGAUGUUCCAUUUGUUGGUUGCAUUGAAAGCCGCGGACAUGUUAAAACUCGCGUAUCAUUGUUCACGCCUGAGGAAAUUCGCCUGUAGAAUAUUGUUCGCGUGUGUGGUUGGGGAGUUUCGUUGUGAGUCCAUUGAAAUAGCGAUGAUGAGUCAGGCGGGAAGUAUUUUAUUUUUGUAAUAAACAAAUGCUGUAAUAAAUUAACUUCACCAUUGAUAAUAGACAGUGCAAAUGAUAAGCAGCGCUAGUGGGAUGAACACAUGACGUCAGUUUGACGAUAAGCACGACAUUCUUUAACAGUGCUGAUGUAAGUUUCGACAAGUUUAAACACGUUGGGACAGGCUCCAUCAAGAUGCACCAUAACGUGAUGCAAUCUUUUUCCUACCUUCACUACUACAAUCAAACUAUUCCGCCCUUAUGUACUGCACAUUGCUAGAAAACAUGAAAGAUCACGAUUUUCCACCCCUUCAUAAAUGACGAUCUUCCUACUGUAUGACCUCCACACAAGAACUCCCCCUUCCCAUUAUGAAACCAAAAGCCGGUCAUUAUCUAAGCACGCACCACCUAGCAUCCCCCUACCAACUCUUUUUUUCAUGCGCACUAUUAGUGGACGAUUUCAGGAAAUAAGAUUAAACUCCAACACUGACGCAAUCGCUAUGUGUGUGUGGUGAAAUUGGACACGAUGACUCAUCAACAAUGUCAUUGCCUAGUAGGGUGGUGGGUGGCGGUAUUGGGAGGUGGAUCGUAUGAUUGUAUGCGUUAUGCCGGUAGGACAGUGGAUCUAAAACAAAAACAAACAAGAUAGGCGAACGGGAAAGUAGCAUCGAGUAUAUAAGCUGACUGGAAGGGCAACCACUGCAUCAAACAAGCGUUAACAUUCGAUUGUUGCAACAAACAACGUCGCAAAUACAAACGUAAGGAGCGUGAAGUAAAUCAGCAACCGGUUCAGCAAACAUCUAGAGAAAAGCGCCAGUCAACAGCAAGUGCCAACAGUGAAGAGAAGUUCUCCAAAGUGCUUACAAUAAUUGCAGAGUUGCAGUGCAAGAAUCAUGGCGACACAGACACCCACUAUUUUACCGGAGUUCCACGGUGAGACGGACGAUUGGAAAGUGUACCAAGAGAUAUUGGACGAGUUUUACCGGGCUAAUGGGAUCGCUGGACAGGAUCGAGUACCGGUACUGAUCAGUGUGAUCGGUAAGGCAACGUACGGGACGCUGCGAAGUCUCUGCCAUCCGGCAGCACCGAAGGACAUGACUUACGAGGAACUGUGCGGUGUGUUGGCACGCCAGUUCAUACCGGAGAUUGCCAUCUUCCGGCACCGUGUACUGUUCUACCGUGCCGAACAACAGCGUGGCGAAAGCGUAAAGGAGUGGUACGCCCGGCUAAAGUCUUUAUCGAUGGAGUGCAUGUUUGACGAGAGCCUGCUAGAACCGCUGAUGGUGGACCGGUUUGUGAUCGGUUUGGUACCGGGACCGGUGCAGAACAGUCUGUACAAGGAGCAGGCUGAUCAGUUACGCACCAUUGACCGUGCAGUCACGUUGGCAGCAUCCAAGGAAGCGGAACUGAUGCAGGAAAAUGGAGACGAGGAAAUAGCGCGUGGUAUCGCCGGAUUAGCGAUUGAUGAUGCGAGAUAUGGUAGACGACAUCGGCGACAUGGAAAGCAUGCUCAUAUGUUUGGCCGCGAACAUGGACGGAUCGAUGGACAUGGUCGACACGGUAGACAUGGCCAUCAUCACCGCCAUGGACAUCAUGGGCAUCAUGGACAUUAUGGACAUCAUGGACAUCAUGGAGUUCAUGGACAUCAGGAACAUCCGAUCCGUCAUUUCGGACCACCGCCCUUUGGUCCGGGACCAUGGACAGGUGGCCACCAUAUGCGUGAAAUGACGGCACGGUGCCAUGGAAUGGCGCCCGGACCGUGGAUGGGUGGACGCAAGGGAAGAAGCGGUGUACCUGUGUUCCCUGGUAUGAUGGAAGGCUUUGGCCGGCACGGACGCCCGUGUGGAAAAUGGAGCAAGCGACACCAUCAUCAUCGCAGAAGUUCGUCUUCGAGCAGCAGCAGCAACAAUUCCAGCAAUGAUUCAAGCUCAUCGUCCAACUCUGAUUCGGACGUGACUACUGACGAGGAGGUUAAAAAGCAAUUUCAAAAGUUUCUGCGUCGUGAAAUGGCUGCGCACGGUCACAAACGACAUGGCCGUGGACGGCACCAUCGUCAUCAACAUCAACAAGAUGAGAAUCAACAAGAUCGACAUGGAAAACGAGGCUGUCGCAAAAAUCGUAAGCAGCAGGAUGAACCAAACGCACUGGCACAAAAGGAACAGGUUUCAUCCGAUGAUUCUACGUAACUGGAGCUAAACUGAAUGAAAUGAACUCUAGUUCGAGUUCGCUACAUUUUCAAAUUAAUUUGAAUCACUAUAAUCUCAUCAUUACUCCGGUGUUAUUGCUAACGGGUUACAGUUACUAAUCAAGCCGUCAACAAAAAAAAAAACAACAAAAGUGAUAACAAAAAUGUAUAAACAAAAAAAAAACAAAAAAAAAAAACAAAAA